AUGGCUACCAACAUCACCUGGCACCCUAAUUUGACUCACGAAGAGAGAAAGGCCUCCAGAGGCCAAUCUGGAGUUACUGUAUGGUUGACAGGCUUGAGUGCGUCUGGUAAGAGUACCAUCGCAUGUGCCCUUGAACAAUACCUUCUGGAACAGGGCAUAUCUGCCUACCGUCUGGACGGUGAUAAUGUGAGAUUUGGUCUCAACAAAGAUUUGGGAUUUUCAGAGGCAGACCGCAACGAAAACAUCCGCCGCAUUGCUGAAGUCUCGAGACUUUUUGCCGACUCUUGUACGGUUGCGAUCACUUCGUUCAUUUCUCCAUACAAGGCAGAUCGCCAGAAAGCUAGAGAGCUGCACAAACAGGACAACCUGCCAUUUGUGGAAGUUCACGUCGAUGUGCCUAUUGACGUUGCCGAGCAAAGAGAUCCAAAGGGACUUUAUAAGAAGGCAAGAGAGGGCUUGAUCAAGGAGUUCACCGGGAUUUCUGCUCCUUACGAAGCACCCGAGUCCCCUGAGAUUCUGCUGAAGACGACCGAGCUGAGUGUUGAGGAGUCUGCAAAGAAGAUUGUGGAUUACCUUGUGGAGAACAAAUUGAUCACGUUGAAAUAG